UUUUGUUGCAGCUUUCCUUGAGUAAAGCGUCAACUGAUGCCAAUGAGAAAUGGGCUUCUAAAGAGUGAAGACAUAGAACAUGUCUGGUUCAGCCUUCUCCCAACAAGGCCGCAUAAUGGAGCACACAAGAACAGCCACUACUUCUACUGGGUCUAUGGUCGGAAAGAAACCAUGGAAAUGUAACGUCUGUGAUAUAGGUUUUCGUCAAAAAACUCAGAUAAAGGUACACAUGAAAAGUCACACAGGAGAGAAGCCAUAUACAUGUAAACCGUGUGAAAAAACGUUUUAUUCAUCUGGCCAUUUGGGAAAACACAUGAAAAUUCACACAGGAGAAAAACCAUUCAAAUGUAAUAUGUGUGAAAAAGCCUUUACUGCAUCUGGCCAUUUGAGAGAACACAAAAGAACUCACACGGGAGAAAAACCAUAUGAAUGUUACAUAUGUGGAGUUUCUUUCACACAGCAGUGUGCUGUUAUAAGACAUAUGAGAACUCACACAGGUGAGAAACCAUAUAAGUGUAGUAUGUGUGAUGCUACCUUUCCUGAGAAAAUGAAUGCAAUUAUACAUGAGCGGACUCAUACAGGGGAGAGACCGCAUAAAUGUGACAUGUGUGGAGCAAGCUUCUCUCAGAAAUGUGGUUUGACAACGCACUUGCGAACUCAUACUGGUGAGAAACCUUUUAAGUGUGAUGUGUGUAUGAAAGCUUUCUCUGCAAAGCACAGUUUGGUGUCCCACAUGAGAAUACACACGGGGGAGAAACCAUAUGAAUGUGAUUUUUGCGACGCGGCUUUCACUACGGCAGGAGCAACCCAGAUCCAUCGCAGACAACAUACAGGAGAAAAACCAUAUAAAUGUGAACUGUGUGAUUAUGCAUGCUCAGAGAAGGGUAACUGGACGAUACACAUGAGAACUCAUACAAAAGAGAAGCCAUAUGCGUGUACGAUGUGUAAGAAGACUUUUAUCAGAUCGACUCAGUUGAUACAACACUUGCGAACUCACACUGGAGAAAAACCGUACAAAUGUGAUGUGUGUGAAUCUGCUUUUUCUCAGGAAGGCAACCUGAAGAGACACAAGACAACUCACACAGGAGAGAAACUAUUUAAAUGCAAUGUAUGUAAUGUAACUGUUGCUGAGAAAGGAACUUUGACAAAACACAUGCGAAUUCACACUGGAGAAAAACCGUACAAAUGUGAUUUGUGUGAUGCAGCUUUUAUUACUUCAGGUAACCGGAAAAUACACAUGAAAACCCAUACAGGAGAGAAACCGUAUAAAUGCGAUCUAUGUAACGACACUUUUGCCUGCCGAAGUUCCUUAAAGUCUCAUAUGCGAACCCACACAGGCGAGAAACCAUAUAAAUGUGAUCAUUGUGAAGCUGCCUAUUCGAUGCCACAUAGUUUAAGGCUUCACCUCACAACUCACACAGGAGAGAAACCAUAUAAAUGUGAUUUGUGCCAAAGACGUUUUGCUGUUCAAGCCUAUUUGACAAAACACAUGAGUACUCACACCGGCGAAAAACCUUAUAAAUGUAAGCUCUGUGAAGCUGCUUUCCCCAGAAGUGACCGUUUGAAACAUCACUUGAAAACUCACGUAGGACAGAAACCAUAAAAAUCUAAUCG